CCCCCACCCCUUGGCCUUGACCCCCUUCUUCUUCUUCCAUUUCCAUUUUUACUGCCUGCAUUCAUUUCACACGAAUUCAUCGAUCCACCCUCUGCAGCUUCCAGAUCUGCGAGGAACCUCCUCCUAUUUGCUUUGCUGCAUUCGCCAUGUACAGGUUCAGCUUCACUUCAAGAUCACUGCUGCUCCCCUUCAUCCUCCUCUUCCUGCUUCUCACAACUGCCUCAUCACAACUCGAAGAUGCCGACGAUUUCGAAGACCUCGACCACCUCAUAGCGAUCGACAACGAGCAGGACGACGGCGCCGUAGGCUCCGACUCCGCGGCGGGGCACGAAAUUAGGGAUGGGAAAAAAUCCGAGGCGGAGGUCGUGAGCAAGGCUCAGAGAAUAGUUCUCGAGCUCAACGGCGACAACACGAACCGGACAAUUCAGGAGAAUCAGUACGUGUUGCUGUUGGGAUACGCCCCGUGGUGUGGCCGGAGCGCCGAGCUGAUGCCGAGAUUUGCUGAGGCUGCGAACCGAUUGAAGGCUUUGGGAAGUGGCGUUUUGAUGGCCAAACUUGAUGCCGAGAGGUAUCCGAAGGCUGCUUCCAGUUUGGGGAUUAAAGGCUUCCCCACUCUGUUGCUGUUCAUCAAUGGCGAUUCUCAUCCUUACACUGGUGGAUUUUCAGCGGAAGAAAUGGUGAUUUGGGCGAGGAAGAAAACAGGAGCGCCUGUUGUUAGGAUAAGCUCGAUAGCCAUGGCUAAUGAAUUUGUAGAGCAGCAAACUAUGUAUGCAGUUGGAGUGUUUGACAAAUUUGAGGGACUGGAAUACGAAGAAUUUGUGAAAGCUGCAGUAGCAGACAAUGAAAUUCAAUUUGUAGAAACAAUCAGCACCGAGGCAGCCAAAGUUCUGUACCCCGUUGCGGAGCCUAUGAAACCGUUCUUUGGUCUUGUUAAGAAUGAACCCGAAUAUUACACCCCAUUUGACGGAGCUCUUCGUUUAGACAGUAUCUUGCAAUUUUUGGACAAUAAUAAGUUUCCACUUGUUACGGUAAUGACGGAGCUGAACUUGGCAAAAGUGUACUCUAAUCCGAAUAAACUACAGGUGUAUGUCUUUACUGAUGCUGACAACUUGAAGAAGCUUCUUGAGCCUUUACGUAGCAUUGCCAAAAAGUUCAAGUCAGAGAUGAUAUUUAUAGCUGCCGAUAUCAAAGAUGACAACCUUGCGAAGCCAUUUCUUACUCUAUUUGGUCAGGAAGAGUCCAAUGACACUGUUGUUGUUGCUUUCAACUACAAUAGCAAUUCUAAGUAUCUACUGGAGUCGGAUCCCACGUCAGAAAACAUCGAAGAAUUCUGUUCGCAGCUUCAGCAAGGGACUUUGUCGCCGCACUACAAAUCAGAAUCUAUUCCCGAUAAUAAAAAUGCGAGCAUUCUAACCGUUGUGGGCAAGACAUUUGACGACAUUAUCCUAAGAAGUUCGAAAAACAUUCUGCUAGAGGUCCACACUCCAUGGUGCAUCACUUGUGAAACCACCAGCAAGCACGUCGAGAAGCUAGCAAAGCAUUUCAAGGGACUGGACAACCUUGUUUUCGCGAGGAUUGACGCCUCGACUAACGAACAUCCUAAAUUGCAGGUGGAAGACUACCCUACACUACUCUUCUACCCGGCAAACGACAAGACCAAUCCGUCGAAGCUCCCGACGAAAUCGGGAUUGAAGGAACUGGCAGCUCUAAUCAACAAGAAUCUGAAAGCCCAGCAAGAUUCUGUGCUCAGAGAUGAAUUGUAGACUAGUAAGUAAAUUGCAUCUUGUGGCUUCAUAUUUGUUGAUUAAAAUUUAUAGAUAAUAGAUCUAAUAUAUCAUAUCAUAUAUGGUGGGGAAAGAAGGAAAUUAUCAAUCAAUAUGGACAAGUAAUUUAUAGAAAAUCUUAUCUUAGCUCCUGACUUGGUUAAUUUAUAAAUAUAUGUGUGAGUUGUGUCAUGUAUACCUUGUGGGGUUUACAAGUUGAGAAUUGCAUUUUGAACCCAAUGAAUUUUUUGUUUUUGGUACCCAACGAGAGUUAAAGCUUCUGGUGUGUUUGUACGGAUUAAUCAAUGUGUCAUUCUAAAGGUUAUUUUGGCAAUUUGAUUAAUUAUGUAAUACUAUUAUGAUUAGUUAUUUUUGGCACUUUCUUAGCAUUUAUAGUAAUUAACUUUGGCUCUUUUUUCAUUUAUUUUAUUCAUCACAUUAAUAAGUUCCUCAGCCUUUGAAUCUUGAACUUGAAACCUAUUCGAGUCAUAAUAUUUUCAAAUCAAAUCCUAUUUAAAUCAAUCCAAAUCAAAACUUUGAACUAAGACAGAAUUUAAUUCAUAAAUUUCAAAACAAGCUUCAAAUAACACCCUACAACUAUAAGCACUAAAUUUAUAGAAGAAAUUCGGUAAAAUAAUUUACAGACACAUAAUAUAAUGAAAAUACAAAGGAUAAAUAACGGACCUUAAUUAACUAAUUGCACGAUUUUUCAGACGUAAUAAUCUUCCACUAACGUCGGUUUCACUUUCUGUCCUUCCUCCUCCUCAUCAUCAUCUUCUGCCACGUCAUCCUCAACUUCCUUCCCGAAACUACCCGUAUCCUUCGCCCCCGUGUCCACGCAACCUGGUCCAGUACCGGGCGGACCGGGAACCACCACGGCGUCCGGUUUGCCCUCUGCACCGCUGUCUCCAACGGAAACCACCGCAUCACGCGGUCCCUCCAUCGGUCCACCGCCUUUCUCGACGACGCAGCCUUCGGAGGGAGCAUUUACUUCCUUUAUCCCGACGAGAGCGUCGGACGAAUCCUCCCAUGGAUCGUCGACGCAGCGGUCGUCGGAGACGAGCGAUCUGACUGCGGAAGCCGCCUUCAGGAACGCCUCCUUGAUCGAUUCAGGCGGCAAGGCGCAGUCCUCGAGGCCGGCGUCUUCCAGCCUCGGCGGCUUGAUUUUGUCGAGGAGUGAUGCUGCCGUCGCUGCCUCCUCCAUCGGAUCUGUAACUGUUAGCCUCUCAGUAACCCUACAAAUAAGAGUAUGGUUUCGCUGUAACUUCUAAAUCUGCAACGCAGCUCUGCACUUAAGGACGUAUAUAAGUAAAGGAAAGGGGAAAAUAGCGCUUUUAAUAGAUGAAUAGUGAGAGGACUAAAAUGUAAAUAAACACCGCCUUUCUAUGUAUUUCCUUUACAUUCUGCAACUGUUAAUAAAUUGUACUUCUGCCCCCCAAUAUCUGAAGUAGAUAAAAAUACCCAUCACAAGC